AUGACACCUCACCAGUAUCAGGCCGACUCCAAGCUCGUCGGGGAAAAGUACGAGAUCAGAAGCCACAAAGUCAGCGGCGAGUACCUCGACGUCUACGUCGUCGCCGACGAGCGCGGCACCUGCUUCGAGGCGCAGGCCUUCGCGCCCGUGGCGGAGAUGCCGCGGGAGCGGGAGGGCCUCCGGCAGGCGCGGCGGCGGCGCAUGCGACGCAUCUGCGGGUCGCCGAACUUCGCGGACGAGUUCGAGCACGGCGGCCGCCGGUUCCUGGUGUCGAGGGUGGAGAGGAGCGGUAAGGAGUGGCCGCACCUGCAGGGCCUGUGUCAGGGCCGGCGGACGUGCGCAGAGCGGGAGGUCCUGCCACGGGAGCAGGGGGCCAUCUGCGGAGAGCAGCAGGGGGGGUACGAGUGUCGGGCUCCGGCUGAAGAGGCGUUGAAUCAACAACAGCGACGGUCAAGCUAUGCGGAGGCGGCUGUGUCGAACAAAGCAGAGCUUUCGGGGGGUAUAGAUGCACAUCCGACGAGGAAACGUAUGUGCCUUACCUUGGGAAGUCUCACAGGGUUCAAGAGAUAUACAGUAUAG